AUGCCACCUCCCCCCACCCCCGGCCUCGGCAUCGUCGUCGUUGCGUUCGGCGUCUACCUCGUCGGCAAGGCCGCCUAA